AUGUUCUACUUCCACUGCCCACCGCAGCUAGAGGGAGCGGCCCCUUUCGGAGGUCACUCUGCCGGCGACUUCGACGACGGGUUCCUGCGAAGAAAGCAGCGCCGCAACCGCACCACUUUCACCCUGCAGCAGCUAGAGGCACUGGAAGCCGUUUUUGCACAAACCCACUACCCCGAUGUCUUCACUAGGGAAGAGCUGGCGAUGAAAAUCAACCUCACGGAAGCCAGGGUGCAGGUGUGGUUCCAAAAUCGAAGAGCUAAAUGGAGGAAAACAGAGAGGGGUGCAUCUGAUCAAGAGGGUCCUAAGGAAACGAUGACUGAGGUGGCUCCUCCUGCAAGGAAUUUAAACUCUCCUUCUCCAGCAGAUCAAACCAGGAACAAAAAAGAGGGUCUGGAGAUCCAGCAGAGUCUGAGUCGAACAGUGGGUCCUACAGGACCUUUCUUCCCUUCCUGCCUUCCGGGGACUCUUCUCAACACAGCCACCUAUGCACAAGCAUUAUCCCAUGUCGCCUCUCUAAAAGGGAGCCCGCUGUGCUCAUGCUGCGUUCCGGACCCCAUGGGGCUCUCCUUCCUGCCCACCUAUGGCUGCCAAAGCAACCGUACCGCCAGCGUGGCUGCGCUGCGCAUGAAGGCCCGGGAGCACUCCGAGGCUGUGCUCCAGUCUGCCAACCUCCUUCCCGCCACCAGCAGCAGCCCCACUCCUCCCGCCAAACCCAGCCCCGAGGGCAGCCAGGACAAGCAGCCCUCUCUGGCCAAGGAGCACAUGGAAGGGGAAAAGAAUGUAUGAGACCGGGCAGGUGCUGGCCCCUCAGCUGAGGGCAGGGGCCCGUGGCUGGGGCUCUGCUGCGGGGUGAACUGCAGUGUAACUGUGCCCCAGCAGAAAACCAUGGAGCCACCAGGAACUUGGAAAGUCUGAGUGGCCUUUGUGGCUGCCUUUCAAGCUUUCUUGCUUUUCUUGCGCUGCUGUGGGUUCAUUCACCUCACUUCUUGGCAUUAUCUGUGUUUGGAAACUUGUAUGAAACUGUUUUUAGCCUUUCCUCCACUUCCUAACAAUACCAAAAUGCCUAGAAUCCUGGCUGGCAGCAGAGUAGCACUUCCAGAUAUGAGGUCCAGGGCAGGAAGGCAUCCAGGCAUCAUUUACUGCACCAUACACAGCAGAGGUGAAGGAAUAUGCAGAUAUAUACCAAUUUAGCUUGCUGUUUUCUGAUGGCAUUUAACUUCAACCAGAUCUAUCCCAGGGAAGCUAGGUGUAAGAGAAGCAGAAAACAGAAUGAAAGACUUAAACAUGGAGGUUAGUGGAAGAAUUCCUGUCAUCCUGUCAUCCUGCAAUGUGUUGAGCUUUUACAAUGGGUUCGUGUUCAGCUUGCAGCAUCUGAGCUUGGGAUGCACUUGGAGAGGCAGUCCUGAGUAAGCCUGGCAGCAAAAAUUCUUUCUCUCUACCCAAGUGAUCUUUGCCCAUGAAUUUCACAAAACCUGGCAUUCCUCUAGGGCUCACAGGACCCUCCCAAACUCCUUGGUUCACACCUUCCCUUCCCCGAGACAGGGUUUGCUGCCAGUGCCUAUUCAAAGACAGAAAGCCUUGGUCUUCAAAAGGUGGCUUUGCAGCACCUAACACCUUCAUUGCUCCAGGA